AUGCAGGACUGCGGGUCUGCGGGGUGCUCUAUUAAAUGCAAUGUUACCAUCGAAUUGACGACGACGAGUUCUCCGCUAGCUGCCUUCGCUGAAACUAUAUCUACUCAGCGCGAAGACCACCCGUCGACUCUUCUGGGGCGUUUCGGUAUUCGGCUCCACUGCUUCCACCGUGACGAGACCAUUUGGAGUGCACUCCUGUCUCUAGAAGCAAUGGAACUGUCCAUUGGAACCGCCUACACGGCCUCCAGCACGGAAUAUGCUGGUCUGACUUUGUUUGUGGCCAUUAUUUCUCUGUAUGCUGUCAUUGUUGCCGGUUAUCGUAUCUGGUUUCACCCACUCUCUCGAUUUCCUGGCCCACUGCUCGCCAGGGCGUUCUAUGGUUAUGAGUUCUGGUAUGACGUUGUUCGCAAAGGCCAGUUCACACGGAAAGUUGAACAGCUGCAUAAAUUAUACGGCCCCAUUGUACGGGUGAAUCCAGACGAGCUACAUUGCAAUGAUCCCGCUUUCAUCGAUAUAUUGUAUCGGACAGGAAAGGGAAGGCGAGACAAAUCUAGUCAUUAUUUAGCUGCAUUCCCCAGAGGUGUGCGCCUGGCCACCGUUGGCACAGCAAACCAUGAUGAGCAUAAGCAACGCCGAGUUCCUGUCGCAAAAUAUUUUUCCCGUUCCAGAAUAGCGAAACAUGAGGACAUAGUACACGAAAAAGCACAACUUCUUUGCGCCCGGCUGCUGGCCUGGGACGACAAUGCUCCCUUUGAACUAACCUCCGCCUACUCCUGCUUCACAACAGACACGCUGACCAGAUAUGCCUUUGGCCAUAGCCUAGAAAACCUCAAGAGGUCCGGCUGGAAGCCAACUUUCAAGGGCACUGUCGACAAGAUGACGGGUCUGUUUUACCUUAGUCGCCAUUUGCCAUUUCUAGCACAUCUGGCAGAAUAUUUACCGCUGAAUAUCUGCCGGUACAUCUCCACUGAUAUCACAGCGCUGUUGGAGCUGAUUCGUGUUAUUAUACCGCAACUUGUGUAUGAGAGUGUUGACACAGAGUCCGACAAGGUCGUUCACCCAAACAUUGUCGACGCGCUCCUCGAGUCAGACGGGCCCCCAAGAGAGAAGUCCAUUGAAAGACUCACUGGCGAGGCGGUCGCAGUAGUUCUAGGUGGCACGCACAGCAUAUCUACCGUCCUGUCGAUUGCCACAUUUCACCUCCUUCGAGAUACCGAGCGCCUGGACAGGCUGCGCAGAGAGCUGCGCAGCGUGGUACGAGACGAGACAGCAUUGCCGCGGUGGUCUACCCUGGAGCAACUACCGUACCUUAACGCGAUAAUUCAGGAAGCCUUACGUUUGAUGCACGGAGUUGCAAGCCGCAUAACGCUUGUCGCACCAGACGAGGACCUAGUUUACGUGGCAACCGAUGAUUCGUCACAUGUAAUUCCACGUAGCUCCUCGAUCGGCAUGUCGUCUUACAUGAUACAUAACGACUCGAAGCUUUAUCCGGAUCCGACAGCAUUUCUGCCGGAGCGAUGGUUGGACGAGAAUGGGACCCGGGAUCGGGAGCUCGACAAGUAUAUGAUGUCCUUCUCCAAAGGUCCCCGACAAUGUGUGGGCAUGCAGUGA